UCUUUAAUCAAGCACUGGGGAAGGAGGAGGCAGGAGGACUGAGAGUCCAGCCUGAGCUACAAAAGCGUUAUAGGGAGACCUUGUCACGCACACAAAAAAGGAGCAGAAGCUGAGGAAAAGGAAACCGAACUUGCAUUUAUGUCUCCAUAGUAGGGGCACUCACAGGCCUUCCACGAUCUCCAGGAUCCUAAUUAUGGCACGCUGUAAAAUUUACAACCCUUGAUAGGUUACCUGCAGGGCGGCAGGGGCGGAGCCUCCUGAGCCAAUGGGAAUGCCGAAGCGCCUUCGCACCAGGACGUGAUUGGUCAGAGGCUGCAGGGGGGCGGAACCUGUCCCAGCCGGAAGGAGGCGCGUUCCCCCAGGCCCCAGGAGAAGCUUCCAUGGAGGGGGCAGAGGCGGCGGCGUGGGAGGGGACCGCAGUGGCCCUGGACUUGCUAGCUCUCGGGUAUGGGGCUCUCCCGGAGGUGGCGUCGCGUGGCCCCGGGUGUCCAGCCUUCAGGCUGCUGUGCGCGCGGCUGGCGGCCGAGCUGGAGACUCUGGGAGCUCUGGAGCAGCGAGCGGAGGGCUCCGGAGUGCUGAGCGCCGGCCAGGGUCCCGGCGCGGAGGACGCGUUCCUGCGACAGUUGGCCGGCCUGCUGCGGGCCUUGCACUGCCCUGAUCGCGCGCUCUGCGGGCGAGACUACGCGGUGGUGUUGCGGGAGCCCGGCGGCGGCCUGCGCCUGCUGCGCUUUCUUUGCUCCGAGCUCCACGCUGCCCGUCUCUUGCAUCUGCAGCUCCGACUACGUUCUGGUCCUGUGCUUCCCGUUGGAGAAGGGACAAAAGAAAAUGGCAUGGUCCAGGAACUGAUGCUGAUUCUUCAAGCUCUAGGACUCCCUAAACCCAUGCCUGGAACCCUAGCCAGCCAGCUACUUCGGGAGUUUCAUGGCAAGAUCUCGGAGCUGUUGCCUUCCCUGCCCCCAGAUUCCAUGCAGCCUCUCCUUAGCUCCCCACUGGAUGCAUCACGAUGGGAAGCGCUGGAGUCUCUGUCCCAACGCCUCACAGAACAGUAUUGCUGCCGCCGCUGCCUCCUUCUCAAGCGUCUGGAUCUGACAACAUCGGCUUUCCAUUGGAGUGAUCGAGCAGAGGCCCAAGGAGAAGCCAUGAAGACAGUGCUGUUUCCAAUCCGAGAGGUUCUGACUCCAGAAUCAGAUGUCUCCAUUGCGCACAUUCUGGCUGCCCGAGCUGACCUUUCUCGUCUGGUCCCAGCCACCAGUGUGGCUGCCCGCCAAGGGACUUGCUGUGCCAUCAACAAGGUGCUUAUGGGUGAUGUGCCAGACCGUGGGGGCCGCCCUGGUGAACUGGAGGCUCCUAUGCCUAUCUGGAAGAACCGAAGAGAAGAUGGAGGUGGGGGAAAGGCUGGUGGCCAGCACUGGGGUCGUAGGAAGAAGAAAAAGUAAAGAAGAAUGGCGGGGGAGUCAGUAGAGGGUGUCCUCUGUGAGGUGCUGAUGCCACUGGUAAUCCUUGGGGAAUCGCUUUUGAAAAUAUCUCCUAGUGCCCAAGCCUUAGAUGUCCUACCCCUGUCUAACACUCAACAGUAAAAACCAUGUUUUCUGAAAAAUAA